AUGGUUAUUGACUCUGGAAGAGAGUCGGUGGGGUUCCCUGCCCCCACGCCCACCGAGGAGAAGCCCAAGGUCCGACAGAUGCCUGUGACCUUACUAUCAGGAUUCUUGGGAAGCGGCAAGACGACACUUCUCAAACACAUUCUCCAGUCCCCGGACCAUGGCCUACGAAUCGCUGUUAUUGUGAAUGAUAUGAGCUCGUUGAACAUCGACGCUGCACUUAUCCAAAAGCACAAAGUCUCCCAAACCACCGAAAAACUCAUUCAACUUCAGAACGGAUGCAUCUGCUGCACCCUACGAGGUGACCUGCUUGCCGAGUUGGCUCGCCUGACCAAGCAAAACGAGGUGGAUUACGUUGUCAUCGAGUCAACAGGCAUCUCAGAGCCCAUGCAAGUGGCCGAGACGUUCACGGCCGAGUUCAGCACUGCUAUGCUGGAGGCCGAGGAUCAGAUUGCAAACGAAGAUGCCGAUGCAAAGAAGAUCUUGAAUGAAAUUGUGGAGCUCGGUGGCUUGCACACAAUGGCUAGACUGGACACCACAGUCACAGUCAUUGAUGCUUUCAACUUGCUCUCAAGCUUUGACACGACCGAGUUCCUCUCUGAUCGUUACGGAAGAGAAGAAAUUGUUCCCGAGGACGAACGCACAAUCUCCGAUCUCAUGGUGGAUCAGAUUGAGUUUGCCGAUGUAUUGAUCCUCAACAAGAUCGAGACGGUCGAUGAAGCAACACGGAACAAGAUUCUGCAGCUUCUCAAGUUGUUGAACCCAGGUGCAAAGGUUCUUGAGUCGAACUACUCACAGGUGGACGUUCGCCAAAUUGUCAAUACCAACAGUUUCGAUUUCAUCCGAGCUGCUUCUGGUCCUGGGUGGUUGCAGAGUCUCCACGAGAUGACCCUUCAGACAACUGGUAAUGGCGAGAGAAUGGCACCCAAGCCCGAGACUCUAGAAUAUGGUAUCAAUAACUUUGUCUACACUGCACGUCGCCCCUUCCACCCUCGUCGCAUAUUCGCCCUUCUUCACGACAAAUUCAUCAUUCUUCAGAACAACGAGCUUGAAGACGAGGAAGGUGAUGAAGAAGAAGGCGACGAAGAGAACGACGACGCAAUGGACACAGAAUCCGACUCCGAAUCAGUAGAAGACUUCGACCAGCCUGACCCAGAAGACAUUCUGAAGAACAAGCGGGCAAACCCAGCCUUUGGACCAGUCCUCCGAUCCAAGGGCUUCUUCUGGCUCACCACCCGGCCCUGGCAAUUCGGUGAAUGGAGCCAAGCAGGCGGUAUGAUGACUGUUGGAUGCGGUGGCCCUUGGUUCGCCGAAAUGCCAGAUGAAGCCUGGCCCGAAGACAAAGAUGUGCGCCAGUCUAUUCAAAAUGACUUCCAAGGACCCUGGGGUGAUCGGCGCCAGGAGCUUGUAUUCAUCGGGGAGGGUGUUGACAAAGAGAAGAUCAGCGCUCUGCUUGAUGAAUGCCUCUUGGAUGACAAGGAUAUGAAGAAAUGGGAGAAGGUGAUGAACAACAAAAAGAUGAGCAGAGAAGAAAAGACAGACAAGUUAGCUAAAAUGUGGGAAGAUGGCUGGGAAGAAUGGCCUCCUUUUGAGAUUGAGAUUGAGGAAGAAGAUGAAGAGGAGGAACAAGAGGAGGAAGCGCCACAGCAGGGUAAACGCCGCAUCAGCGAAUACCUGCACAAAGACGGUAAACAUGCCCAUGGACACAACCAUGGACAACGACGAAUGAUUGCUGCAUGA